AUGACCACCGAGCAUACCGCAAAUUUAGAUCAUUUUAUAAAACGAGUACAAGAUGAUACUGGAGAUGCUCAAUACGUUUUGACAAACCAUAGUGAUGUUCGUAUUACCAAAACCGCAGCGAAGCGUAACUCUUUGACCUUUGUCCUAACCACAGGAGCUGACGAUCCAAUUAUGUACGUACACAAUCGUGUUAUGACGGGACGUCAUUUCCCCCUUUCCAUUGUCAUAUAUGUUCCAAAGGUGCGAGAUAUGAUGGAGAUUGAACAGCUGUGCUAUAUUCUCUACAAGGGAAGUUUUGUCAACAGCAUGGUUUAUUUCCAGCAGAUCACAGGCGAACAAGGCCUAAUGAGCCAUGAACAGUUUCCCCAUUUUAAGAUGAUAGAUGUCUCCGAUUUCAAGGCAUUCCUACAACGGAAAUUUAAAUCGGUCAUGGCUGCCUCCCAGGAUGUGGGAGGUUAUACAUUCUUUACCCCCCUACAACAGGAUAUGCCGCGUGUCAUAAAAUACCACGAUAAAAUGGGCAAGCUGCAAUUGCAGGGAUCCACAUUCCGUAUGUUUGAUGAUUUUGUACACUCCCUAAAUGGAUCCAUUGCGGAAUAUAAAAUGCCUCGCGAUAAUUAUGGCACAGAAAUGGUGAAUAUGAAAACCAUAUUGGAUCUGGUGCGUAAACGGAAGAUUGAUGUGGCUGCCCAUGCCUAUGCCCUAUUUCAUCAGGAUGAUGAUUUGGAUAAAAGCUACCCCAUAAUGGUGGUGAAAUGGUGUCUGAUGGUGCCGCUACAAAAUGACAUUUCAACAUUCAUAUAUAUGCUGCAACCAUUCGAAUGGCGAGUGUGGUGCCUGAUUGUGCUUGUCUUCUUUUCGCUGCUAUGUGUGGAUUACAUAAGGCUCUCCCUACAAUUCCUCGUCUUCAGACAACGAAGACGAUUUGGCAAUUUUUACUCUAUUCUGCAAGAUGCCUGGUUGGAAGAUUUCUGCCAUGUUAUUAACAUAACCACACCGAAACCCCUUAAGCUACCUUCCGCUCAACGUUUCCUGUUCUACACAAUUGUCUUCCUCUUCGGUUUCUAUUUAUCCGCCCAUUACACCUCAUAUCUGGGAAGCUUUCUCACAGUGAGUAUUUUUCACGCCCAAAUCAAUACCCUGGACGAUGUCAUUCGAGCUCAAUUACCCGUAAUGAUAGUCGAUUAUGAGCUGGAAUUUUUACUCUCCGAAGGCUAUGAAAUGCCUGUGGAAUUUGGCAAACUAAUACGUCCGGUGGACACCUACACCUUUGCCCGCCAUCAAUUGAAAUUGAAUAAAAGUUUUGCCUAUUUUGUGACGGAUGAUACUUGGCACUUUCUGAAUGAGGCCCAGAUACAUUUGAAACAGAAAAUGUUUAAAUUUUCUGAUAUUUGUUUUGGUUCCUACCACUUGGCCUAUCCCAUACAGGCGGAUUCGGCGGUGUGGCGUGAUUUGGAAUAUUUCCUUUUUCGCACCCAUUCGAACGGGUUGCAACAAAAAUACGAAGGUGACACAUUUCAAUAUGCCGUUUCGGCGGGAUAUAUUCGGCGUAUGAUGGAGAGUCAGGAAACCACUUCAGCAGGGAUUGAACAUUUACGGUUACUAUUUAUUAUAUGGGGUUCAAUGUGCACGGCUGGAUUACUGUGUUUGUUUGUGGAAAUCUGCUGGAACAUUGAUUAUGUGGGCAAACGUUUGGCCUUGCCCAUAGCUAUGGGAACCCAAGAGACUUUCUUUUGUCUCUGCCACGUGUGUCAAGAUGAAAAUGUGUCACUGCUGAUGAAAUGGAUCCAGGUAGCCACAAUGCAUCCUUAG